UUUUGUAUCAUAGUUUUGUAUACCCAAAAAUACGCUCAAGCAUUCUAAUCACUAUCUCACAGAAGAAAAUAUUGAAUGAAUAUACAAUAUAUUUAAAACAUCAAUAAUGUUUGGUGUUAUUGUUUCCGGUCGCUUGGUGCAGACAGAAUUUCAACCGAUAAGCCAUACUCAAUUUUUAACAACUAUACCUGAUGCCGAUAGCAUAAACCAUGUGGUUGUAUUUUUAACAGGAGUUAGCCCUUUUCCAGAGGGUACAGCUGGACAAGUGUACUUCAGUUGGCCCGAUCCGAACGCUCCACCAAAUUGGCAAGUAUUAGGGCACAUAUCUAAUUCGAAGCCUUCUGCAAUAUUCAAAGUUUCAUCAUUGAAAAAACUCCAUGAAAUCGAUAGUUUCUCGAACACCAUGUUUGGCCAGAGCAACAUUUGUCAUAAUGCUCAAAUUGGAAUUUCAAUUGAGCCUAUAAUGAACAUUACAGAAGUCCCAUCACCCAGUGGUCCCGAAAACAACAUCACGUUUGCUCAGAAAAUGCUUGAAAAUUUCAUGAAUUUCAUAUUGAGCUACUCGGUUACUCAGGGCAAUAUGUUACCCGAUCCAACUGCAACCUAUGUUCCAUUAUCAUCAGUUCAGACUUGGUAUACGAACUUUGAGAGACGAUUAACGCAAAAUCCAAACUUCUGGAAGACAUAGAAAUUAUUCUUCUACAAUAUAUUUAUUUCUCCAUUAUUCAGAUAUUAAAGGUUAAAGUUUUGAUAAUUCUCAGAGCCAACAUUAUGCAGCUGCACUUUUUCUCAAUUCAUCUAUAUCUUCACAUAUAGUGAUUACUUGGAGAAAUAAUUUACCAGAUUUUUGAAAUAAGUAUUUUGAUUCAGAAACGGAAUCUUUUUUCAAUCGCUGCCAAUUUUAAUUUUGUUUCUAGUGAUCUCUGUGUUUGAGUGAACUCUAGUGGAACUAGAGAUCAUAUUUGCUUAGGUCAUUAUUUUGUGUGGACUAGAACAGUUUAAAAUUUCGCUUAACACUUUGUGUUAUCAUCUUGUUUUAUAAAAUUUUAUUUUGAUGAGUUAGUUGUAAUUUGAACAUUUCAUUUCAUUGAAAUAUUGGAUUUGAAUUGAGAGUUGUCUGAUAAUAAUCUUAUAUAUAUGAAAUAUUGAUAAUAAAGUUGACUCGAAUGAUUUUUA